AUGUUAGAUUUCGAAAACAAUCCUGCCGCCAAGGCCGGCCUGUUAGAGAUUGUUGGUCAAGAUUACCACGAGACCUACUUGGCGCCCGAAUGGGCAUCAAUGAACACCGUCUUCUAUCCUAAACUUACCAAAAGAAAUUUGAAACGGUCAGAAUAUAUCGAAGUAUUACGCCGACAGUUCAGUAUGAUCACCGUCAUGAUAAACUCUGCGCCAAUGUCAAGGAUAAUCAUGGAGAGUUGGCGAACAGUUGGACGUGCAAUUGCAAAAGAGGCCAAAGAUCUUGAAGACAACAUCUUUAUAAACGACACGGAAUCGGCUUUGUGGGUGGAUUUAGCAGGCGAAGAAUCAACCACUCCGCCCAUGUCUCCCACCCCCAAUCGUACUGCGAGGCCCUCGAAAAUGGCAGAAGAACAUUUGACGACUCCUGCCAUAUCUCCAAGCCCGACGUCUUCACCCGCUCAAAUAUCACAUGUUGAAAGCAACAACUUCAUAAAGCAGACAAAAUCAGCUUUGUGGCUUGAUUUAGCAGACGAACAAUCAACCACUCCGCCUAUGUCUCCCAACCCCAAAUCGACUGUGAUCCUCUCAAAAAUAGCAGACAAACAUUCAACAAGUGCUCCCAUAUCUCCCAGCCCCACGGUUUCACCCGCUCAAAAUGCGAGCCACAUCAUAAAUGCCUUUUCAAACGCCCCCAAGGAACCAAUCAUUAUUCGGUUGAAACGCAAGAUGCCUGAUAUCAGUGAAUUACGUGGUUUCACUCACGGGCCACCCAGCAAAAAAACACUUCCCCCAAAAGCGGUUAAAUUGGAUGAAGUCAACAUAUUAAUCAAAUCUAUCAAGAAUUUAUCUUCCUUGCUGUCUUCAAUUCCUCAAGCUGCCUCAGACAACCGUAUUUUCUUAGAUCUGAAGAAAAGAGCUAAAUUUGAAACCUUUACACCUUAUGUUGGUGAUCUCGAAGUUCCCUCAUAUCAGUUGAGGGAACUGGAUUGGAUCAUCCCAGAUAGCCACAUCAAUUCCCUUGUGCGCCUUGGCAAAUGGGGACUCGAUGCUGUACUAGCUCACAUCAACUGGCUACGUGACCAAACUUUUUGGAACUCAGAAAGCGAUGGCCACCUCUUGAAAAAGCUAACCCUGAUCAAUAAACUUUUGCUCAGCUCUGCAAUACGUCGACCUCAGAAUCCUCCUCUUUUUCGAAUGGAUGAUUACCUUUCCGAUGACGAUUCUAAUCACACCAAUUCACCCUAUCCCAAAGAGAUUGAGGAAGGUCCCAACACGAUUCAGCCAACUGCAAACAUGAAUCACGAAAAUCUUACUUCAACAACUAUGCCGGUCAAAGAUCACCACAGUUGGCCGGCCUCUCCUUUGCCUAAUUUGAAUAUUGAUGACGACACUCAGAGUAAUGAACACAACGACACUCAGAACAAAGAUUUUGAGGACUCACCUUUGCCACAAUCGAAUCAUCAUGACGACACUCAGAUUAAUGAUCAGGACCACAACAAUGAUAUCAAGGACUCUCCUUUUCCUCAGAUCGACGAACCCGCCGAGACUCAGAAGAUCAAUCACGACGAGACUCACAACAAUGAUCUCAAUGAUUUUGAGGACUCUCCUUUGCCUCAAUCGAAUAAUCAUGACAAGACUCAGAUUAAUGAUCACGACCAGAACAAUUAUUUCGAGGACUCGCCAAUUCCUCAGAACAACAAACACGCCAAGACUCUGAAGAACCAUCACGACGAGACUCAGAACAAUGAUCUCGAGGAAUCUCCUUUGCCUCAGAACGACGGACACGCCGAAACUCAGAACAACCAUCAGGACGAGACUCAUCACAAUGAUCUCGUGGUUUCUCCUUUGCCUCAGAACAACGAACACGCCGAGACUCAGAACAACCAUCACGACGAGACUCAGAACAAUGAGCUCGAGGUAUCUCCUUUGCCUCAGAACAACGAACACGCCGAGAGUCAGAACAAUGAGCUCGAGGUAUCGCCUUUGCCUCAGAACCACGAUCUCGCCGAUACUCAGAACAACAAUCACGACGAGACUCAGCACAAUGAUUUCGAGCAAUCUCCUUUGCCUCAGAACAACAAUCAAAACGAGACUCAGAACCAUGACCUCGAGGUGUCUAUUUUGCCUGAUUCGAAUAUUAAUGACAAGACUCAGACUCAGAAUAAUGAUUAA